AUGUUCCGUCUAACCUUGAUAUCGACUCGGCUGGUCAUCAGACCUAGCUUGAAAUCCUUUGGUUUAAGGAGUUUAUGUUCAUCAAUUGUGUUGAGAAAUGCUCCAUCAAAAGUGGUUUCUGUACCUCAAACUGCUCUUGAGAUUGCAAGAUCAAAGUUCAGUGAAGAAGAAUUAGAAGCAGCUCGAGUUGCAAGGUUAGCAGGCCUCAAAUGGUUAACUAAAUUACCUGAAAAAUGGAUUCCAUAUGCUGAAUUGAUGCGUUUAGAAAAACCAGCUGGUUCACUUUUAUUAUUAAUCCCAUCACUUUGGGGUAUUACUAUGGCAGCUUAUUCAAUAGGUGCUCCAAUUACAUCGACCAUUUCUGCUAUUGGAUUAUUUUCAGUUGGUGCCAUUAUCAUGAGAGGUGCUGGUUGUACUAUUAAUGAUAUUUUGGAUAGAAAUUUAGAUAAUCAAGUUGCUCGUACUAUGGAAAGACCAAUUACCAGUGGCCGUGUGCAAGUUCCUCAAGCAAUUGGUUGGUUAGGUGUACAGUGUUUCGCAGGAUUAGGAGUAUUAUUGUCUUUACCAACACAAUGUUUUUAUCUUGGGGCAUUAUCUUUACCAUUCAUUGCUACAUAUCCAUUAUUUAAAAGAUUCACAUAUUACCCUCAAGCAUGGUUAUCAAUUUGUUACUCCUGGGGAUGUCUCUUGGGAUUUCCAGCAGUAGGUGCUCCUUUGAAUCUCUUGGUAGCAGCUCCAUUAUUUUUAUCCAAUUGGAUCUGGUGCGUUACUUAUGAUACAAUCUAUGCUCAUCAAGAUAAACUUUAUGAUGUUAAGGCAGGUAUCAAAUCUACUGCUUUAGCAUGGGGUGAAAAUACAAAACCUAUUUUAAGGAAGUUAACCUACGCUCAAGCUGGAGUUUACUAUGCUGCAGGGAUUGCUAAUUCAAUGGGUCCAGGAUUUUUCGUAAGUGGUACUUGGGCAUUAUGGAGAUUGUAUAAUACUAUUAGAGAUGUUGAUUUAGAUGAUCAAAAAAGUUGUUGGGCUGCUUUCACAUCAAAUAUAACUACUGGAUUUAUUUUCUGGUACGGAAUGGCUUUUGAUUAUAUUUUACAAGUUUUAGGGUUUAUUUAA